GCGGUCGCGGGAGUAGAGGUUUGGAACUGUUGCCGGUCUUGUAGAUACCUUGGAUUUAACGCCGCCCGAAUUUGCUGCUUCUGGGUUGCUCGCUAGCGGGAUUAAUUGCAUUGACUCGGAGAUCUGGCUUUUUCAAAAAUUGUUUUGGGGAGAGGAAUUUUCUCAUCAUCGCUCCGGCAUUUUCUGCCUCGGGACUCCUGGCUGCCACUACCGUUGCCGCCGCCUUCUCCUCUCUCGGGACGGAGGGACCGCUGGCUCCAGGCUCGGACGACUUGGGCUUCAAGGUUUCGGCUCCUCAGUUUCCGGCUGGUUUAGGGGCUCCGUCCACUGUGGAUUACAAUUGCACCAUGACCUUGGAAGAAGUCGUGGCUUGCGAGAGUGCGGCUCAGAAAAUGCAGACGGUGAGCAAUGCGGUGGAGGAGUUGCUCGUAGCGGCGCAGCGCCAAGACCGCCUGACAGUGGGCGUGUAUGAGUCGGCUAAGCUGAUGAAUGUGGACCCAGACAGCGUGGUCCUUUGCCUCUUGGCUAUCGAUGAGGAUGAGGAGGAUGACAUCGCCUUGCAGAUCCAUUUCACGUUGAUCCAAGCCUUUUGCUGUGACAACGACAUAGAUAUAGUUCGGGUGUCUGGGAUGAGGAGACUGGCCGAGCUUCUAGGGGAGCCGGGGCCCACGGAGGAGAGCGAGGAGACGCGGGAUCUGCACUGCCUGCUGGUCACGAAUCCUCAUACUGAUUCAUGGAAGAGCCAUGGACUGGUAGAAGUGGCUAGCUACUGCGAGGAGAGCCGAGAGAACAACCAGUGGCUCCCCAACAUCUCCCUCCAGGAGCGCUGAUAGCCUUCCCCAAACGUGGAAAAUUGCUGCCCUGCAGACACAUUUAAAAACAAAAAAACACCCCCCCCUUCCCAAACCGCACCAGAAUCCAACCAUCAAGACCACUGUCGGGAAGAGGUGUAAGGGACAGAAUGUUCUGGCUGAAAUGGGGAGAAGAAACACCUGGAACCUCUGUCAGGACCUAGGGAGGUCUAGGUCACCUGGGGUCAGGAAUGACAGAGCUGAGAGGUGGGACUGUGUCGGCCUCAGGAAGAUUCACUGGCCAGAGCGAGAAGGUGACAAUGGGGCUGUGGAACCCAGGGAGGCCUGGAGUCCAGGGACCAGGUGGGGGAAUUGGCCAGAAGGACCUGCCUUCCCCCACCGAGAAGGGACUGUGCAUGGAGACCAGAUGAGCUUGUCCCUCCGGGCUGCCCCUCCGGCCGGCCACAACGGCCUUUUACUGUUGCAAAUGGGAGUUGGCAUUUGCAACCGAGACUUGAUGGUGGGAGGUCUAGAGAGAGAGACCUACUGAGCCGGGAGCCCGCAUCGGGCUGCUGCUGCUGCUGUGUACUUAGAGCUCCCAGUCUGCAAACAAUAUAUAUAUUAUAUAUUUUUAUGUUAUUGCACUAAUCGAGCCGUUUGAGAAGAGAAGACAAGUUUCUAUAUAUCUCUAUAUAUUUUUGUGUGUGUGUCUCACGCUGGUUUGGUAAUAAAUUUCUGCACACUG